AUGCCAAAUGGACGGAAGACAUUGUUUCCCUGUUUGAAACAUGCUGCUGAGGACAAGUGUAAGGUGGGUUCAUACCAGAUCAGGCUUUCUGUGAGUUCAUUACUUUGUCUUUGUGUUUCAGAAUUGGCAAAGGAGGCAGAAGGUGGAGCAUUCAGGAGCGGGGCGAUCACACCUGAUGGCAUCAUUGAGGAGGAUUUCGAGAAGGUGCUGGGUACACCCCAGGAGGAGGAGGCCCAGAGCGAGUUCAGUGAUGUGGAGAAGUAUGGGAUCAUCGAAGUAGCAGGGGACGAUUUGUGGGGAAGAAAGGUCAUUGUGUUUUCUUCAUGUAAACUACCUUCCAACAAAACCUUUGAUCACCAGAGACUCUUACAGUACAUACGCCACACUCUGGACCAGUACGUGGAGGAGGACUAUGUGAUAGUCUACUUCCACUAUGGCCUCUCCAGCAGGAACAAGCCAAAACUCUCCUGGCUCAUGCAGGCAUACAAGGAGUUCGACAGAAAAUACAAGAAAAAUCUAAAGGCUUUAUAUUUGGUGCAUCCAACAAACUUCAUCAAGAUCCUAUGGAACAUCUUCAAGCCAUUCAUAAGUGCUAAGUUUGGCAGGAAGAUGAUGUAUGUGGACUACCUGAUGGAGUUGAAGAACCACCUCCACUUUGACCAGCUGUCUGUGCCCCCUCCGGUUCUAGAAUAUGAUGCAAAGAAGGUUGCUGCCAGGAAGCCUCAGUAUCCAUACAACCAGGGCACCUCAAACACUGAUGGUGGACCUCUCAAGACACAGCAGUUUGGGGUCACAUUACAGUUCAUCAAAGAGCAUAGUGGGAGAAUAAUUCCAAUUGUUGUCGAACAAACAAUAGAAUACCUCAGGGUUCAUGGGUUGCAAGUGGAGGGUAUUUUCAGGAGAUCGGCAAAUGCUGCCACGUUAAGGGAAGUCCAGAAAAAGUACAACAACGGGGAACCAGUUGACUACGGAGGUGACACAUAUGAUGUUCACACAGCUGCUGUGAUACUCAAGACAUUCCUUAGAGAACUUCAGGAACCUAUCCUUACAUUCGACCUCUUUGAACCGGUCACAAGGCUGAAUGUGAUUGACAGCAAUAAGCAUGUGUUCGAGACUGAGCGCAUGCUGAGGGAGGAGCUACCAGAGGACAACUACAUAAUCCUCAAACACAUCGUACAUUUCCUAACUGAGGUGGUGGAAAACUCUGAAGUAAACACAAGAUGGCCCAUGAAUCUUGCCAUAGUGUUUGGUCCCAACUUGCUGUGGUCAAAGGGCCAGGCCUCACUGUCAACCAUGGGUGCUGUCAACAGUUUUGCUCUCAUACUCAUUAAGAACUUUCAAGAUGUUUUCAAGAGAUGAUUCUGUUGAGUGGUUUAAGUGUGUAAAGUCUAUAGUCUUGUCAUCUAACUGUGGAAGAUAUGUCGGAUUUCUUAAAGACUGUACAAAAGCAGAAAUAUUCUCUUACAAAUAGAAGGGAAAAUUGAUAGUUAUGAAAUCAAGAAUUGUUAUUCAAAAGCUCUAUUUUAUUUUAAAUGUGAUGUUAUGAACAUUCCCUUCUUUCCAUUUGAAACUAUGGAGAAUAAUUAGAAGUAAAUGAGUUGAUUUUUGGUAAAAAUUGGGAAAUAAUGUUAUUAGACAGUUUAAGAAGAAAAUUAUUAAUAACAGAUUGAUACUCUGAUUUCCAGACAUUAUUCCUCAGUAGCUCUGUUGAUGAUUGAUUGUGUUACAGAGAAAAAGACUACAAAACUUGGUACUCAAGAACAAUCUAGAAGAAAAAUCAUAUUUUAUAUACCUUGUUAUAUAAAAAUAUAUAUUCUUAAGGAGAAAAAUGAGGCAGGAUGUAGAACAUAGAGGAUAGAUGGGCUUAUUUAUAGAAAUGUUACUGUUGAAGCUGAAUUUGGCCAUGACGACAAGCUAGAGUGCUACCUAAGGUCCUUGAACAAACUGUUUGGAUUGACAUGACAUUUUACUGUUGAAGUGAAAUUUGAAAAUGUGUCUCAUUUUAAGUGUUACAUAUAACCCAAAGUCACAUGAAUAUAGUUACCUCAUAAUCACACGAUGCAUUAGCUAAGUCAGCAGACUAGUCCCCCACGAAUGACACAGAUAUUGGUGUUUUAAGGUCAAGGACUUUUGGUGCGUGACCUGUGUGUAGAUAACUAAAUAUAAUUAUGCUGAGUAGGUUGUAUCUAGUCUUUGCAGUGGCACCUUUCCACUCCCCAUAUUUUUUGCCUAUAUUAUUUCAAUGUCAAACAUAUUCUUAGAGGUUUGGGUUCAUUUCACUGACAUAACUUUCACUUUCUGAAGAAAUGAAAUAUAUUUUCAUAUGUAAUAUACCAUGCAUAAACAGUCCUACCAAAUUAUGAAGACAUUUUCGCAUUCAAUUGAAACUGAACAAAAUCUAAAGAUUUUGCACAGUGAAUAGCAUAACUAUUUAGGGAGCACAUAUUUUAGAUUGAAAUUAAAAGAGAAAGAAUAGAAAAUUAAAAAAUAUGAGAUAAAAAACAGACCUAGGUAACAAACUUCUAUUUGAAACAGUAUCUUACAAUAAAUGAUAUAUUGGAGAAAGUAAGACUAAUAUACAGGUUUGAAUAUUUGGCAAACACCUAUUGUCAACAUUAUUUGGUGAUCAAGGGACUUUGAAAUACUCUACUGUGAGGAAGAAGAUGGAGGUUGGUGAACUGGUGUGGGCAUUAGUGACAUGGAUAUGUCUACAGAGGCUUAUGGUUAAUGAGUCUAUCGCUUUUCUGAAUGCUGGAUAUCCAUGUGUCACAAACAGAUUAAGACAUGUAUUAGCAAGGAUACAGGCAAUGAUGCUCGCGGCUAUCUUUCUGUGCAACUAUUUUUCAUCCAUAUGGAAACUAUAUUUGCUUGUGCUCCUCUUCAAGAAUAGACUGUCUCAAUUGACAGCUUCUUAUUGAAAGUGAUUCGAAUGCUGGAGUGUAUAUCUAACAUAACAUCUGUUAAGUUCCCAAUUGUUUGUCUCAUUCCAAGAUCAUAACAGCAGCCAGAGUCUGUCUGAAGGUACAAAGGGUCACACUAUGAUGUAUUCUGACUGGUAAUAGAACAACAUUUGGUGCCUUGUUUUAGAGUGAGUUGUUAUAUAUGAUAAAUGUUAAGACAAUUAUGCAUAGUGUAUAUAGCCUGUUUUAAUCAUGUUAGAUGAUGCAAACUUAACAUUCCUCACUUCAGGAAUGAAGUUUUGCUUUGAUGACAGCUAUUGACAUUUAGGACAUUCUGAAACUGUUUCAGAAGUUGUUACACAAAAUAUUGUUGAGUUAUUUUUCAAAUUGUUGUAGAAAAUCGGAAAGAAAUGUUCAUGCACAAAGUUAUUUGUAUGCCACUGUAUGUCUCCUCCUUGUACAAUGUUGUAUGUAUAUGUAAAUAUGUGUACCAAUAUUUGUAAACAUAUUGAAAUAGAAAACAUGGGUUGAAUAGAUCACUUGACACAGUCAUGUCAGUUGCACCACAAGAAAGGAAACGGUCCCAUUGCAUGUUCUGGUUUAACAUAGGUUAUUGAAAGGUGAAACAUCUGUAGCUCUCUAUGUCACAUGAGUGAUGAAACUCUGUGGUAUCUUAUGGUAUCCUUAUCAACCUCAUGCUACAUUGCUAUCACACCUGUUGCACUGUUGAUAACUAUAUUUAUGAUAUAAUGGAUAUUGUUAUACAGUACACAAAUCCCAAAUCCCAUAGACUUGGUACCUUUAUCCGAUAAAUAUGCAAAUGAUUACCACCUAGCAGGAACUGUUUUAAAUAUCUAUGUAUUGAUUUGUUGUCUGUUUUCUGGAUAGACUACUGACUUAUGUUCGCAAUAAGUUUAAAUUGGCUUUCUCAAAUCUGUGGGUGUUAAUGUAGACAAACAUGGCUGUGAAUCAUUUCACGCUAGAUGAUAAAUAGGGCCGUUCACUCAUUCACUGUAUUUAUAUGUAGUUUCUGAAUAUACUUCUGUGAGCAGAAUUACAUCUGUAAUGUCACAUUGUUUUCAGAGUAACAUUCUAAGAUAUUGAGAUCAUUACUCUCUUGUGUUUCUGCAUGUCAAAUAUUGGUAAUAACAAAUGUGUAUUAUGAAUGCUCACCAUAGGCUCUCAUAAUACCAUUUUGAUCCCAAAGGUAUAUCUAAUACACACUUGGCUAAUAAUUUCUUUACUUGUGUGAUGCUCCCCAGAACUUAAGUCUUAAUCACAUUUGACUUUAUGUUAAAGACAACAUUUUUUUUAUAUUCAGCAAUGAAAGUUACAUCAGUUUAUGCCGAAUGGAAAAUGAUGACAUUAAGAUUUUAAAAUGUUGUGCUUUAAACUUGGUUUUGGCAUAUCUUUUCAGUGGAAAUAGAAUUUGGUAUUUAUCAGUAUGUUGGGCAUACAGUAAGAAAUCUUAAAUUCUCUUGGACAAGAUUCUAAAUGCCAGCUACAGUGAGACAUCUCAGCCUCACCUAUUGUAAAAUCUCAAACUCUGAUGAUAUAUGUCUUCUAUAGUGUAAUGAUGUACCUUUAAUGGUUCCAGACAUAUUUAUAUGAGCAGGCUGAUUUUCAUAAGUUCUAGAUAACCGAGCAUUAUCCUGCUUGACUUGUGGACUUCCAAGUGAAUAACGGUUCAUUGGAUACAUUGUAUCUCACAAUAUAAUGUGUGUAAUUAGUUUUAUGCAAAUUACAUCUGAGAAAACCAAGGCGUUUACAAUAUUUUUGUUUGCAAUAGUGAGCAUCAUUAAGGUAUACACAACUCUGUAUGUCAUAAUAUUGUAAGGUGUAGUUGUAGUUCCUAUGUUAUGUUGUGUCUCUUGUAUGUACAAACCACGAUUUUAGUGUAGUCCAUGCUCAUAGCUUAUGGCUUGGGUAUUCCCCUUUGUUGGUGCUGAUUCUUUGUUAAUAUUUAAUGUACACAUUUCAGUAUUUAAACCUAGUUUAGAAACUAUUUAUUUAUUGGUAGUCACAUGUGACCUGCUGAAAUCACAAAUUUAAAUAAAAUAAAUUCAACUUUCUGUUGGUUUUAUUGUGGAAUAUUCUGAAGGACGUUGUAACCUAAUUUUGCAAAUAUGGUUUGUUAGGUUUAAAUGUAUUUUCUUUAUAAUUUAUAACACUGAGAGAUUAUUUACAAAAACGAAGAAUUUAUAUUUUUGGUGACUGAGAUAUCAUCCAAUGGCUAAAAUGUCUUUUUGUGAGUUUUCUUGGACUGUUAAUGACAUUUCAUCAACUGUAAGAGUAUGCAUUAAUAGAUCCCCUCCCUCAUAAGGGAACAGGUCAAGUUGAUUGAAUGUCCACACAGCUAUUAGUAUGCCAAUUGCAUGUUUGUCCUCUCACCUUGCAAUAUCAGUAAUCAUUUACUAUUGAGGUUUCUGUCCAACAGUGUGCUUCACAAGUGCAGCAUCGUUCAUUAAUGUACACAGUUCAAUUUGUUUGCUUUCUUCUUUACAUUUGCAUGUGAGUCCAGCACCUGUACAUUGUGUCUGUCUGAGAAUAUGUGAUUUAUAAUCCAGUUUAUCAUAACUCUAGAAAAUUGCAAUACCAAAGGAAAAUUGAGUCCUUGGGAAGUAUAGAUGGUAUAUUAUUUUAUCAAAAUAUAUCAGUUAUAUAGACAAUAUACACUAAAAUCUAACUGAUUAAUUCCACUGUAAACAGUUAAAUCUUCUUUAUGUUAUAUCUUCAGGGUUUAUAUCAGUCUGGUAUUCUUUAUUAAGGCAAAUAUUUUCAGUUUUAGUUUUCAGAAUUUUUGUAAGUAUGUUUUACUCAAAUCCAAUGUAAUUUUCUUGACUAACAUGGACAGAUUGUCAGACCUGACCUGGAAGGUUUCUUUUGUACACACUCUUCAGGCUCACAUGUCAAGGAUAAGAACAAAGGAGAGAUAAUAACAGCAUUACAGAUUAUUUUGAGUGUAACUUGACACAAUAGUCAAAAUGAAACUACUGCUCUAAAGAAUGAAAUAUCUCUACUAUAGAAUAUAUUUUAUUUUGUCCUGUUACAAAUUUUGGGGCAGGAUGCUACACAAACCAUUAAAUGAUUUCUUUUUGCUUAUCAAGUACUGUUGUAUUGUUUUCAAGGUUUUCUGUUAAAACAUUUAAGUCCCUUGAUUACAGUGUGUUUGUAUGGGCUUUUGUUAUGCUUUUUAAGCUUCCAAAACGAGAUAAUAAUACAACUUUGGAGUAGUAGUUGUAAUUGUAAUUUUCAGCAACAGCACAUAAAUGAAGAUUUCUCUGUCUGCACAGAAACUUAAAACUCCUGUUAUCAUUCCACACAAUCUAAGUGUAUGAAGAUUAUGUUUCUAUAAAAUAUAUGUACUCUGUAUGGAACAACAUAUGAUAGUAGCAUAUUAUUACUUUUCAUAGGCACAGUAAAAGACAAUGGCAUAAACUCAUCCUGUUUGGCUUUAGACAGUAUCACUUGUUUGAAACACGUACACAUUCCUUCUUCAAAGUGUGUAACACUCUCUAAUCUCUGGGUCUUAUAAAUGGUUUUAAGUUGAAAAUCGGUUGAAAUUAUUAAAAUGAAUGUGAUGAAUCUCUUCUUGAUGGUGAUUUAGUCAUUUGCUUGACAUAGGUCUGUAUUAUUUACAUUGAAAUUGAAGAUAUACAGUGACAUUAUUGUAGGUAUCAGAAAUCUGGAAAGAGCUUUAAUGGUAUCAGGUACAGUUACUGAGAGGGUCUCUUCACUUAUGAAUAAAUGUCCUGGUAGUUUGAUAUCAAGAUGUGAUUGGCAAACGUUGUUGUUAUAAUUUAAUCAUGCAAGAAAAACACUUCUUACAAAGAUGUUUUAUCCGUCUGGAUAAGUUGUUAACUGUUUAUUAAAUAUGAUUGUUUUCACUUACCAUUUUUGUGCUUGUAUACAUUGAUGCAGUGAAACCGUCCUGUUAGUUAGUAAUGAAAUUGUCUGAAUAAUGUCUCUGUUUUCUGUGAAACAGCAUGUCAAUUUUCAUCAUGAAUAUGAACUGUCUGUUAUUUUGUUAGAAGAAAGAAUUUUGUUCUGUAAUGUUUAAUUUUUAUGCUUCAACUGACAAUGGUGGCUUAUUGUUUGGUUAUUUCAUUAUGUCUAAGUUUAUGUUUGCAAAAUUCCAGAAUAUUCCUAUAAUGUUUGAAAAAUUACGGAAUAACCAUGUUAGUUUUGACUAAGAAAAUCUUAGUACAACACUAAGAAAUACAUUGCCUGGUUUGUUUAUUUAUAAUGAGCUUUUAGGCAGGGUCAGAAUCUCAUUGUUGAUCAGGGUUAGACAUUAGUCUGAUAUUCCUCAGACUCAGAACUUGUUUGCACCAAGUUCUAGUCAGGAAGGAACUGUGGAAUAUUUGGAUACUUGGAUUAAACCCAUGGUGUCGUCCCCUGCUGAUACUAGAUACUCUCUUGUUUGAUAUUAAGGUGCAGCCACCUUGGAAAAAUGUCAUUUAUAUGAUUUGCAUCACUGAUAUUUGAUUUAGUAACUACACAACGACAAUAUGUCAGGCCACAACAAACUAAGUAACUUUUCAUCAGAAUGUCCACAUAACUACCCAAACAACCAUAUGUUGUUGUUUUCAUGACAGUGUUUUUCCUGAUCAUGUCAACUAUUGACAAGUUUACUUUGUACUCCUUUGGAUUCUGUGUCCAGAAAAAUGUCAAUUUUAAAAUAGACUUCAAUCAGACUGACUUGUUUGGAUCAGACUAAAAUGUUCAGACAAGUCCAUGACACUUGUUAAUGGUAGUUAAGCUUGAGAUUAUUGCAAUGUAAUGCAUUAUAAUGUGACAUGCCUACAGAUACAAAGCAUAUGAUUUUAUUGAGUUCUGGUUAUUUAUGUUUGAGCCACCUGCAAGUUGUAGUUAUUAGGAUGUCUAAUCAAGGAGCUUGUUUAAGUUGUAGGUGUGGUAGGUGUACUAAUAGUUGGCCAUGUCUCUUGUAGAUUCCAUCAUGACACACGUUGGGAGUGAACUGCAAAGUGAGGGUAUUGUCAUUACUUAAUAAAAUGUACCUAAUA